GAAGAAACGAUAUAGAACGUGUCUCCCGAACUCCAGGAGAGAAAAGAAAGCGGUGAAUAUGUUGAGGUUCAGUUCAAAGAGGCUUCUAGGGAUUGCGUCUAGGGAUUUGCCGUCUCCGGCGGUUCAAAUCGUCCCGCGUUUCUACCACGAGAGGGUUAUUGAUCACUACAACAACCCUCGCAAUGUUGGAUCCUUUGAUAAGAACGAUCCGACGGUCGGCACCGGCCUCGUCGGUGCGCCUGCCUGUGGCGAUGUUAUGAAGCUUCAGAUCAAGGUUGACGAGAAGACUGGUAAGGUUGUAGAUGCUUGCUUCAAGACUUUCGGUUGCGGUUCUGCGAUUGCUUCCUCGUCGUUGGCUACAGAAAUGGUGAAAGGGAAGCAAAUGGAAGAAGCCUUAACCAUAAAGAAUUCGGAAAUCGCAAAACAUCUCUCCCUACCGCCUGUUAAGUUGCACUGCAGCAUGCUUGCUGAGGAUGCUAUCAAGGCUGCUGUUAAAGAUUAUGAAGCUAAGCGUGCAAAAUUGGCUAAUGGUGCUGAAUCUCUUCCUGUGGAUAAGGCUUCAAAUGCUUAGUCAUCUAAUGAUUGUAAAUGAUGUAAAAACUGUUAUAGUUAAAAUCUACCCUCCAAGGUUUGAGUUCUCUCUGUCCAGUUCUUAAUAUGGGAUGUCAAUCAUAAUUUAUAACUAUCACCAUGUUUUACUUCAAAUUGUGUUUUUUUGUUUUCCCUUUUCCCUGGGAUCUGGAAGGAAGUUUCAGACCGUUGGAUUUUUGGUUCUGCAAGCCCACGUUUGGAAAGUAGAAUGAUACUGCCUGUCCUAUUUCAAUGGCUGUAUGUACGUAGCCAUUCAGCUGACUGUUUUCAUUUUCAUCUUCAUAAAGCUGACUGUUAUAGUUUUUUAAAACAGAAAAAUCUGUAGAAGGGGACUGAAUUAAUGUGGCCUUUGAUUUGGCAAGUA